AUGACUUCCAUCUACGAAGACAAUGACACACAUUCUCUGGAGCUUGUGGAAGGUAUUGGUCAAGAUAACAGUCAAGAGGAGUUAGACUUUUCUUACCUGUUUUUGUAUAACCCAUCUGACGACUUUCGCAGGAAUGAAGGUAAGAGCGUCUUUCUGAAGGGCCGUCAAGGGCAAUCAAUCAGUAAUUUAUGUUUAAAUGGGAGUUUACAACAAUUAGAAGUUUAUUCAGGAUUUUUAAAACAAAGGUAGCCUAAUCACAUAAUCGUAUUUUGUACACUAGCCUACUCAGAAAAGGCUACAGUCACAAACCGAAAUGUAUUAGAAUACAUUUUAAUAGAUUUGUCUUGCUGGUCUGUGGUCUCCACUGUUCAAAUUCAUGCAUGCUUUGUGAUUUAGUUUAUAUUUAGGGACAGAUCGAAAUGUAUUGGGGGGGAGGGGUGGUCCAAAAUAGGGGAGGGUAGUGUGGUUCGAUGGGGGGCACAGGGGAGGGUAGUGUGGUUCUAUGGGGGUCACAGGGGAGGGUAGUGUGGUUCUAUGGGGGGCACAGGGGAGGGUAGUGUGGUUCUAUGGGGGGCACAGGGGAGGGUAGUGUGGUUCUAUGGGGGGCACAGGGGAGGGUAGUGUGUUUUUUCCCUGGUUUAUUCGCUCUUCUGCUCGUAUUUUCCCUAUAAACAAUGGCUUGACUUACUUUUGAUAUUACCUAAUAAAGUUUAGAAUAGUUUGUGAAGGUUUGGUAUGGUGUGGCUAUUAUUAAGCUUUAGCUACUAUAGGCCUAUGAUAUGAAGGCAUUGAGCCCCGACGCUCCAACUGACUCCGGCAGUUGAAUUUGAGGUGAGGAAGACUGUUUCAGGCCUACCAUUAUUAAUCCUAUAAUCUAACAAUAUAAUGCUUAUCUUUAUCCAAAAAUAUUUGGAUAGAAAAUUAACCAAUUACCCUCCUCUGUAUGUCUAUACAGUGCCUUGCAAAAGUAUUCAUCCCCCUUGGCGUUUUUCUUAUUUUGUUGCAUUACAACCUGUAAUUUCAAUGUAUUUUUAUUUUUAUUUCAUGUAAUAUACACAAAAUAGUUCAAAUUGGUGAAGUGAAAUGAAAAAAAUAACUUGUUUCAAAAAUGUGUUUAAAAUAAAUAACGGAAAAGUGGUGUGUGCAUACAGUGAGGGAAAAAAAGUAUUUGAUACCCUGCUGAUUUUGUACGUUUGCCCACUGACAAAGAAAUGAUCAGUCUAUCAUUUUAAUGGUAGGUUUAUUUGAACAGUGAGAGACAGAAUAACAAAAAAGAAAUCCAGAUAAACGCAUGUCAAAAAUGUUAUAAAUUGAUUUGCAUUUUAAUGGGGGGAAAUAAGUAUUUGACUCCCUCUCAAUCAGAAAGAUUUCUGGUUACCAGGUGUCUUUUAUACAGGUAACGAGCUUAGAUUAGGAGCACUCUCUUAAAGGGAGUGCUCCUAAUCUCAGUUUGUUACCUGUAUAAAAGACACCUGUCCACAGAAGCAAUCAAUCAAUCAGAUUCCAAACUCUCCACCAUGGCCAAGACCAAAGAGCUCUCCAAGGAUGUCAGGGACAAGAUUGUAGACCUACACAAGGCUGGAAUGGGCUACAAGACCAUCGCCAAAAACUUUAAUGACUUGGAGAAGAUCUGCAAAGAGGAGUGGGACAAAAUCCCUCCUGAGAUGUGUGCAAACCUGGUGGCCAACUACAAGAAACGUCUGACCUCUGUGAUUGCCAACAAGGGUUUUGCCACCAAGUACUAAGUCAUGUUUUGCAGAGGGGUCAAAUACUUAUUUCCCUCAUUAAAAUGCAAAUCAAUUGAUAACAUUUUUGACAUACGUUUUUCUGGAUUUUUUUGUUGUUAUUCUGUCUCUCACUGUUCAAAUAAACCUACCAUUAAAAUUAUAGACUGAUCAUGUCUUUGUCAGUGGGCAAACGUACAAAAUCAGCAGGGGAUCAAAUACUUUUUUCCCUCACUGUAUGUAUUCACCCCCUUUGCUAUGAAGCCCCUAAAUAAGAUCUGAUGCAACCAAUUACCUUCAGAAGUCACAUAAUUAGUAAAAUAAAGUCCACCUGUGUGCAAUCUAAGUGUCACAUGAUCUCAGUAUAUAUACACCUGUUCUGAAAGGCCCCAGCGUCUGCAACACCACUAAGCAAGGGGCACCACCAAGCAAGCGGCACCAUGAAGACCAAGGAGCUCUCCAAACAGGUCAGGGACAAAGUUGUGGAGAAGUACAGAUCUGGGUUGGGUUAUAAAAACAUAUCAGAAACUUUGAACAUCCCACGGAGCACCAUCAAAUCCAUUAUUAAAAAAUUGAAAGAAUAUGGCACCAUAAGAAACCUGCCAAGAGAGGGCCGCCCACCAAAACUCACGGACCAGGCAAGGAGGGCAUUAAUCAGAGAGGCAACAAAGAGACCAAAGAUAACCCUGAAGGAGGUGCAAAGCUCCACAGCGGAGAUUGGAGUAUCUGUCCAUAGGACCACUUUAAGCCGUACACUCCACAGAGCUGAGCUUUACAGAAGAGUGGCCAGACAAAAGCCAUUGCUUAAAGAAAAAAAUAAGCAAACACGUUUGGUGUUCGCCAAAAGACAUGUGGGAGACUCCCCAAACAUAUGGAAGAAGGUACUCUGGUCAGAUGAGACUAAAAUUGAGCUUUUUGCCCAUCAAGGAAAACGCUAUGUCUGGCGCAAACCCAACACCUCUCAUCCCCCCGUGAACACCAUCCCCACAGUGAAGCAUGGUGGUGGUAGCAUCAUGCUGUGGGGAUGCUUUUCAUCGGCAGGGACUGGGAAACUGGUCAGAAUUGAAGGAAUGAUGGAUGGUGCUAAAUACAGGGAAAUUCUUGAGGGAAACCUGUUUCAGUCUUCUAGAGAUUUGAGACUGGGAUGGAGGUUCACCUUCCAGCAGGACAAUGACCCUAAGCAUACUGCUAAAGCAACACUCGAGUCGUUUAAGGGGAAACAUUUAAAUAUCUUGGAAUGGCCUAGUCAAAGCCCAGACCUCAAUCCAAUUGAGAAUCUGUGGGAUGACUUAAAGAUUGCUGCGGAACCCAUCCAAAUUGAAGUAGCUGGAGCAGUUUUGCCUUGAAGAAUGGGCAAAAAUCCCAGUGGCUAGAUGUGCCAAGCUAAUAGAGACAUACCCCAAGAUACUUGCAGCUGUAAUUGCUGCAAAAGGUGGCUCUACAAAAUAUUGACUUUGACAUUGGGUUGUAAGGCAACAAAAUGGGAAAAAUCCCAAGGGGGGUGAAUACUUUCGCAAGCCACUCUAUCUGUAUAGCAGACACAGAAGCCAUCUGACAUAAAGAAAUGCAUGUCGGUGUUGUCCUAUGCCACCGGCACAUCUCUAUCUCUCUGGGGUUAGGCCGGGGCGGCAGGUAGCUUAGUGGUUAAGAGCGUUGUGCCAGUAACCGAAAGGUCGCUGCUUCUAAUCCCCGAGCCGACUAGGUGAAAAAUCUGUUGAUGUGCCCUUGAGCAAGGCACUUAACCCUAAUUGCUCCUGAAAGUCGCUCUGGAUAAGAGCGUCUGCUGAGUGACUAAAAUGUAAUGUAAAUGCCUAAGCUUCUUAUAUAUAUAUAUUUAUUUAUUAAAAUAUGAAUAUCAUACAGUGGACACCUAACCCUAUAGGUCUAUGCAUGCAAUGCCUCUGACAGCUGAACUGUGAGUUGGACAAUUAUUGUUUUAUUAAAAUAGCCAAAAACAAAACAGAAAAAUAGGCUAUGACGUUUUGCAUAUGUUACACAUCGAAACACAAGGAAUAGUGUUUUUGUAAUUUGUUAUAGGCUGUUUUUAAGGACGCGUAAAUGUGGCUCAUUUGGUAAAUGUGGCUCAUUUGGCAACAUCCCUCUUUUAUUGGUGGCGCUGGCUGCCCCAGGUUGGAUCUGAAUGCGUAUGGAUGUCCAUUUAAUUUUUCAAAUGUUCGGUAAAUUAACAUCUUCUCUGUCAUGUUGUCUGGCCCCAAAUUUUCCUAAAGGAAACUCUGAAAUGGCAUAUUGUUUUUUAGGAAGAUUUUAGAACAUUCACAUGAAAAUCUGUUUGGAUGGAAACCUAGCUAUAGACUCCCUAAAGACUGGCAACUCACUAGUCCAGUGUCACCUCGAUUAUGCUGCACAUCAUGGUUCACCAGCAGCCCCAAAACAUCUAAACAAUCAGCUACCAGCCAAACAAGCUUGGAAGAAUAGUACUGAAACUCCCCCUCAUACUCAUCUGGAGGUUGAGCAUUUUUUCAUCUCUAUCUCUGUAAUGUGUCUGUAUCUCUGUAAUGUGUCUGUAUCUCUGUAAUGUGUCUGUGUCUCUGUAAUGUGUCUGUAUCUGUGUAAUGUGUCUGUAUCUCUGUAAUGUGUCUGUAUCUAUGUAAUGUGUCUGUAUCUCUGUAAUGUGUCUGUAUCUCUGUAAUGUGUCUGUGUCUCUGUAAUGUGUCUGUAUCUGUGUAAUGUGUCUGUAUCUCUGUAAUGUGUCUGUAUCUAUGUAAUGUGUCUGUAUCUCUGUAAUGUGUCUGUAUCUCUGUAAUGUGUCUGUAUCUAUGUAAUGUGUCUGUAUCUAUGUAAUGUGUCUGUAUCUCUGUAAUGUGUCUGUAUCUAUGUAAUUGUUUAUAUAUUUCUGUAAAAAAAUAGGCACUACAAUGGAAAUAAGUCCCCGAUUUUAUUGUGCAAUCCCGGUCACUUAAAAAAAAUCUUUGUGUAUAUAUGUAUUUUUUUAACUGACAAAUAAAAUCGAUCAAUCGAUCAAUCCAAACUGUGCAGCGGCUAAUUGAUGAAUGGAAAUAGAUAUCUGUUACAAAACACCAAAAAGUUUAAUGACAUUCCGAGAUUGUCAAGCUAAGCCUUCGUUACUGGGUAAGCCUACAAGGUAGGGAUGGAUGUAUUUUCUGUUUGUCAAGAUUGUGGUGUUGAAAACGCAAACCAUGAUAUUGAAGUUCCUGAAGUUGGUAUGGUUUGUUUAUUGGUUGUGUGGUGCAUUGGCACAGAAACCUGUUGGUGGAAAAUUCGUUGCAUAUAUUUAAUAUAAUUAUAAAUAUGGCAUCAAAAUGUUGAAAAUCUGAUUUCCCCCUAGCUGAUCAUUGUCUGCAGCCGGCUCUGAUCGUAGUGUAAUGAAACAGGCAGUGAGAGUGAGCUCGUCUGUGGUGGUCGGCAAACCCUCAACCUUCUGGCCCGUAGCCCUGCGUGGCAUCGACUGUGCCACAAAAGCAUGCAGAAGUGGCAAAGUCGAUAUCCACGUUGAUAAAGACAAGUUUGCUACAGUUAUUGUUAUUUGUGGUUGAAAAACAAUAUUUUGAGUUAAUUCUAUGAGGGGGAGGGUGUUCAAUUUAUUUUGAAGUACGAGGGGAGGGUCAUGUGAAAAUAUUUUUUACUUUGGGGAGGGGGGUGCAAUUUUUUAUGACACCUUGAGUUGGACCAGCCCCUCCCCCAGUAAAUGUCGAUCUGUCCCUUAGCCAUAUUGAACCCCUGGUGAAUGAUGGACUAUCCAAUAGAGGAACAGCCUACUCAGCUGUCAAAUGCUUAUGUUGUAAAAUCCUCUACCCAGUGUAACUUUGUGUCUAUUUCACAUGCCUGCUAUUUUAGGAACAAGUUUCCUAUUAUUACUGGUAAUUGCCUGAUGUUCAUAAAAAAUACUUGGUAACAAAAUUUGUAAGAACAAAAAAUAUAGUCACUGAAAUGGCAGGUGUUAGUUUAGAAAAAUCACCAUUCUGAUCCUGACAUUUUGCAAUACAUAAUGCGUAAAUGAGUGCUCCCUUCAUUCUGCCAUAUUCUUAGCAGGCAACUCAGUGGUUCCCCCUCACGACGAUCACAACCCCUCAUCUAUGGUGCCCUACCCUUGUGACGAAAUCCCCAGUAGCGCCCCUACAACCUCCAGCCGGUCCUCCUACCACCAUGGGCCUGUCCCUGACAGCCUGUCUGGGCCUGGGUUUAACUCGUUGGAUCUCCCUUCCAGGCCAGUGGGUGCUCCCUCCCCUAGCCCCAGGAUUGAGAUCACCCCAUCAGGGGACCCUCACCAGACUCAUCCCCUGGACGCCAGCUCCAGAACCAUGGCCCUAACCGUGCCUGGCUAUGAGAACACAGCCUACCGAGAGCCCCAGAGCCCUGCCAGCAGCAACUCCUCCACGGGCUGGCUGUCUGAGGCCUACUCGCCCUGGGUCUCGCCUUGUGUAUCUCCCAGUGGUGGUGGGGGCGCGGUUGGCUUGACCGCCUUGGACCUCCUCCCGGGCCUCCAGGGCAUCCACACGUCCUCGGCCCACUCCUCCCCUGGGACCUCCCCGCGCACCAGCAUCACAGAGGAGACUUUCCUGGUUCCGCAGAGUCAGCGGUCUUCCUCGCCCCACUCGCAGAGUCAGCGGUCUUCCUCGCCCCACUCCCACGACUACCCCCGCUCUCGCUCCGCCUCUCCUCAGGGCAAACGCACCUACGACCAGUACAGCGGCCCCAAUCUGGGGACCACCAGCCAGCAGCAGCAGCGCUCCCGGAGCCCAAGCCCCAGCCCCUCACCCCACCACCCCCAAGAACGAUACCUGGCCCAGGCUGACCCCCAGGCCAAUGCCCCUCAGCAGGUGCCCAGCCUUGAAGAGGUGUUGAGCAGCCUCAACCCCAGCCUGCCCAGGGCGGUCCCCUCAAAGAUGGUGCGGCCCAGUGUUGAGUGUUAUACGUACGGAGAGAGCCAGGGGGAGCAUGGACGGAGAGGCAGAGCUGGGGCUGAGACCUUCUACAUCCCUACAUCUGUCUGGCCGGCUCCACUAGCCCAUGGAGCCUUCAGGUAUAAUGUGCAAUGUGCUAUGGGAAUGAUGAUCCCUCAUAAGAAUGAAAAGUAAUGACAGUCAUAUGAAUCUGUAAUGACAGGUAAAGAAGCAGUAUUAAGAAAACCUUAGAGGCAGUUCAUUUGAAAUUGUGAUUUAAUGUUCUGACGUGUUUUGACGUUUUUUGUGUGUUAUGGCAGGAAAUGUUACGAUAAUGAUCUUACUCCACUAUAACCAGUGAAAACCCUCUCUCUACGCCCACUAUCAACCAGUGAGGGGGAGAGGGGGAGUAAGGAAGAAAGCGAGAGGAGAGCGGAGUAGAGAUGAAGCGAGAGAAGACGAGGCAAGAGCGAGGAGGAGAGCAUGAGAGAGCGAGAAACCAGAGAACAAGCGAGAGAGCGAGCGGAGAGCGCUGCGAGACUACAUAUAGAUAGACCCUAUCUAUCUACUAGCUAAUGCUCUCUUCUCUCUCUCUCUCUCUCUCCUCUUCUCUCUCGACUCUCGUCUCUCUCAUCAGUGGCAUCCCUGUGCCAUCUCUGCCCCCUCUGGAGUGGCACUUGCCCAGUCACUCCGACCAGUAUGAGCUCUGUUUGGAGCAGCAGCCUAAACAGCACCACCGGGCCCACUACGAGACAGAGGGCAGCAGGGGGGCAGUCAAAGCACCUGUUGGAGGACACACUGUGGUUCAGGUACUGGGUGUGGGGGAUGGGGGGAGUGUGUGUUUGUUUAACCUAUGUAUGUAUGUGUGUGAGUAUGGGUGUUGACACGUGGAACGCUUUCGACACCUUGUAGGGUCCAUGCCCCGACAAAUUUGGUAUACCCGUGGAGAGAGAGAGAGAGAGAUUGUACUCCUGUGUGUAUGAACAUGUGUCUGUGGUGGUAUUUCCUUGUCAUUAUGUCACCAUGUCUGUCUCAGGUGUCUAGCUACAAUAUGUAAAUGAACAAAUGUAUCAGCCUGCAUUAUUAUGACAAUACCCAUUCAACCAUAAAACCAGCAUAGUGAAACCACCAUAGGACGUUUUCAUAUGAAAUUCGGUACGCUGGUUUUGGUUUCCUGGAACAUUUGUGAGAAUUACGUUUUGAUUUCACAUGACCUGAUAAUUACCGCUUCAGGGUAUGAUUUGCAAGACUCAAAUUCAACAUGACAUAAGCCAGCUAGCUUGUUUACAAGGGGAAAACAGUUCCACGUGACUAACCCGGUACCUGACACUCCAGUCCUGAAUGCUGGACCUGCUAUUGACGCAGGGUUCCAGGGUUCCUUUGUGUUCCAGACACGCUUCAUAGAGCAGACUUGGGUAAAAAAAAACGCUCUGGGAUCCGGAUCAUACAGGGGAUAUGUGAAAGCACCCAUACUCUCAUGUACCCUUUUUUAAAAUAAGUUAUUUACUAAAAGUUAUUUACCACAAGGUCUUUGCUACAAGUUCUUUACUACAAGUUCUUUACUACAAGUUCUUUACUACAAGGUCUUUACUACAAGUUAUUUACUACAAGUUAUUUACUACAAGUUCUUUACUAUAAGUUCUUUACUACAAGGUCUUUACUACAAGUUAUUUACUACAAGUUAUUUACUACAAGUUCUUUACUACAAGUUCUUUACUACAAGGUCUUUACUACAAGUUCUUUACUACAAGUUAUUUACUACAAGUUCUUUACUACAAGUUCUUUACUACAAGGUCUUUACUACAAGUUCUUUACUACAAGUUAUUUACUACAAGUUCUUUACUACAAGUUCUUUACUACAAGGUCUUUACUACAAGUUCUUUACUACAAGUUAUUUACUACAAGUUCUUUACUACAAGUUCUUUACUACAAGUUCUUUACUACAAGUUCUUUACUACAAGUUCUUUACUACAAGUUAUUUACUACAAGUUCUUUACUACAAUGUUCUAUUCAAGUAGUUUGAGAGGAAGAGUCCUGAGUAAAUGGGUUAGUUAAGUGAAGUUGUUUUGUAUUCUAGCAUCUCACACAAUUUUCCUCCUUUACUGACAAAUGUUGUCCACAUAAAGGUGAACACUUAAACUAAUCUAGCCCUAACACGACCCCUAAUCUUGUCCCCAGCCGGCUCUAUACCAAUUAAGCCUGGGAUCAAGGUUAACUUUCAAGUGUAGAAAGAGGAGGAAGGGAAGCGCUACUAAGGUAUACAAUAGUAGAUGUUGGUAGACAAUAUAUAUGAAGAGUGCCUUGGUCCUCCUUUCUUUUUGAUAACUUUCAAGUGUAUUUGAAAUGAUGAAAAAUCCACCCAUAUGAAGUAUAAAGUUCAGAACAUAUUGACUAAGCCAUGCUGGUUUUGAUGUAUAGUUACUUACGCAGUGAGCUGUCUUCUCAUCCCAGGAAGUGAAAGCCAUUUCUGGGUCCAGGGCAACAGUAGUGAUGCUAUCCUUCCGCUAAACAUUAGCCAUCCGCUACAUAUGCAAGGAAUUAUGUCGGGAGUUGGCCUUUCGUAACCUAUGAAGUCAAUUUCCUUCAUUAUGUAACGGAGAAGAACUGUGAUAUUGUUGGAGGUAGUUAACCCUCGAUGUUUUCAAAGUAAUUAUGGAUGUCUCCGAUUUCAACAGUUUUAUCAGUUCAUCUUUUGAUGAGUACACUUAGAAAAAAGGGUUCCAAAAGGGUUCUCCAAUGGGGACAGCCGAAGAACCCUUUAAGGUUCUAGAUAGCACCUUUUUUUUCUAAGAGUGUAGGUGUCUAGAAUGAAUUAUGGUCCCGUGGAUUACACAUUAGUUCAAAAGUAACCAUUUUAGUCAGAGAUAUUAUUAUUUACUGUCAUGUAUGAAAGCUGUAAGAAUGCUGGCGCUCUGCAGUGCAGAGGACACAGUAUUUAAGUCAACAGUAUCAAAAAUGUUAAAUGGAUACACUCCAAAAUCGAAGUGUGUCAGUUGUUUUUAGACCCCACAUCCAAUGUCAUCUAUUGUGUAGAGCCAGCUCUGCCUCAACCACAAAUGAAUGGAAAAGAUAAGCACCGAAUAAGAUUAGUAAAUUACAUGGUGCUUAUCUUUUCUAUUCAUUUGGGGUUUUGGCACAUAGGUGUCUCUACACAAUAGAUGGCCGUAUCUCAACAUAAGACUACUAUUGAGGUCUGAAAACAUCUGACAAACGUUGGUUUUGGAGUAUAACGUCCCCUUAAAGGUAAUACUGUUUAUUUAUUUGUUGUUUCUCUCGAACAGCUUCAUGGGUACAGAGGCAAAGCUCCACUGGGUCUGCUGGUGUUCAUCGGAACGGCUGAUGAGAGGAUCCUCAAACCCCAUGCCUUCUACCAGGUGCACCGCAUCACGGGGAAAACGGUCACCACACCAAGCCAAGAGAGAAAGGUCAAUGGCACCAAAGUCCUGGAGAUCCCUCUAGAGCCCAAGAACAACAUGAAAGCAGUGUAAGGAAAACAGUCACGUUAGAGACAGUACACACACACACACACACACACACACACACACACACACGCACGCACGCACGCACACACACGCACACACACACUAACAUGCAGACACAUAAGGACGCACACACACGCACACACACACACACACAUGCACACACACACACACACACAUACACACUAACAUGCAGACACAUAAGGACGCACACACACGCACACACACACUAACAUGCAGACACAUAAGGACGCACACACACGCACACACACACACACACACAUGCACACACACACACACACACACACACACACACACAUACACACUAGUAUGCAGACACAUAAGGAUGCACACGCACGCACACAAACAUACAUACACAAACACGCACACACACACACACACACACACAUACACACGCACACACACACACACAGACACACGUACAAGCAAAUAAAUAUGCAUGCACACACACACACACAUAUGUUUUCAGAGCUAGGGUAUAAAAUAAUUAAUAAAACAAUUUUUUACUUCCCUUGUAAAGGAUUGACUGUGCUGGCAUCCUAAAGCUGAGAAAUGCUGACAUCGAGCUGAGGACAGGAGAGACAGACAUGGGACGCAAAAACACCUGUGUCCGCCUUGUCUUUCGGGUCCAUAUUCCUCAUCCAGGAGGACAGUAUGUCUGUCUUCAAGUGGCCUCCCUUCCCAUUGAGUGUUGUAAGUGAAUUUUUGUUCCUGAAACCCAAAUUCCAUUACUACUACAAAUAAUAAUAAUAAAUAUAGCUGUGAGCAGCAAUGAACGGGGUUCACAGGAAGACAGAAAGAACACAAGAUCAGUUGGAAAACAAAGCAAGCCCUCUAUCAUGUAGGAACUAUCUUCCUUUAUGUGCAAUCAGUGAAAGCAUUACCAUGUUUAUCUCUCAAUACCACAAGGAUGAGGCAGGUAAAGUGUACUCUAGUGCUUUAGGUUGGUUAUCUUUGAAUGCAGCAGGUAAUCAUUCUUAAAGUCAUGACAUAAUGUAUUGAGUUUAUAUACACUACCAGUCAAAGGUUUGGACACACCUACUCAGUCAAGAGUUUUUCUUUAUUUUUACUAUUUUUUAGAUUGUAGAUUAAUAGUGAAGACAUCAAAACUAUGAAAUAACACAUGGAAUCAUGUAGUAAACAAAAAAGUGUUAAACAAAUCAAAAUAUAUUUUAUAUUUGAGAUUCUUCAAAUAGCCACAGUUUGCCUUGAUGACAGCUUUGUACACUCUUGGCAUUAUCUCAACCAGCUUCACCUGGAAUGCUUUUCCAACAGCCUUGAAGGAGUUCCUACAUAUGCUGAGGACUUGUUGGCUGCUUUUCCUUCACUUAGCGGUCCGACUCAUCCCAAACCAUCUCAAUUGGGUUGAGGUCGGGGGAUUGUGGAGGCCAGGUCAACUGAUGCAGCACUCCAUCACACUCCUUCUUGGUAAAAUAGCCCUUAAACAGCCUGGAGGUGUGUUGGAUCAUUGUCCUGUUGAAAAACCAAAUGAUAGUCCCACUAAGCCCAAACCAGAUGGGAUGGCGUAUCGCUGUAGAAUGCUGUGGUAGCCAUGAUGGUUAAGUGUGCCUUGAAUUCUAAAUAAAUCACAGACAGUGUCACCAGCAAAGCACCCCCACACCAUAACACCUCCUCCUCCAUGCUUUACAUGUGGAGAUAAUCCAUUCACCCAUACCGCGUCACACAAAGACACUGCGAUGGGAACCAAAAAUCUCUGAUUUGGACUCCAGACCAAAGGACACAUUUCCACGGGUCUAAUGUCCACUGCUCGUGUUUCUUGGCCCAAGCAGGUCUCUUCUUUGUAUUGGUGUCCUUUAGUAGUGGUUUCUUUGCAGCAAUUCAACCAUGAAGGCCUGAUUCACACAGUCCCCUCUGAACAGUUGAUGUUGAGAUGUGUCUGUUACUUGAACUCUGUGAAGCAUUUAUUUGGGCUGCAAUUUCUGAGGUUGGUAACUCUAAUGAACUUAUCCUCUGCAGCAGAGGUAACUCUGGGUCUUCCUGUGGCGGUCCUCAUGAAAGCCAGUUUCAUCAUAGCGCUUGAUGGUUUUUGCGACUGCACUUGAAUAAACUUUCAAAGUUCUUGAAAUGUUCCUUAUUGACUGACCUUCAUGACUUAAAGUAAUGAUGGACUGUCGUUUAUCUUUGUUUAUUUGAGCUGUUCUUACCAUAAUAUGGACUUGGUCUUUUACCAAAUAAGGAUAUCUUCUGUAAACCCCCCCCCCCUUCCCCCUACCUUGUCACAAAACAACUGAUUGGCUCAAACGCAGUAAGAUGGAAAGAAAUUCCACAAAUUAACUUUUAAGAAGAAACACCUGUUAAUUGAAAUGCAUUCCAGGUGACUACCUCAUGAAGGUGGUUGCGAGAAUGCCAAGAGUGUGCAAAGCUGUCAUCAAGGCAAAGAGUGGCUAUUUGAAGAAUCUCAAAUAUAAAAUAUAUUUUGACAUGUUUAACAAUUUUUUGGUUACUACAUGAUUCCAUAUGUGUUAUUUCAUAGUUUUGAUGUCUUCACUAUUAUUCUACAAUGUAGAAAAUAGUAAAAAUAAAGAAAACCCCUUGAAUAAGUAGGUGUGUCCAAACUGCUGACUGGUACUGUAUAAAUAUGAAUAUUUAUAAAUAUAUAUACGCUGACUGCUCAAGCGGCACAACUUCCGGUUUCUAAUUUUCCUAAAUAAAAUGUUUCACUGCGUUCAGACCACAUAAUAGGGAAACACUAUGUAAUUAUACAGAUACAUACUGUAUAUAAUGGGAUGUAUUAUGGACAGUAUAUGGAUAGAAUACAGUGAGGGAAAAAAGUAUUUGAUCCCCUGCUGAUUUUGUACGUUUGCCCACUGACAAAGAAAUGAUCAGUCUAUCAUUUUAAUGGUAGGUUUAUUUGAACAGUGAGAGACAGAAUAACAACAAAAUAAUCCAGAAAAACGCAUGUCAAAAAUGUUAUAAAUUGAUUUGAAUUUUAAUGAGGGAAAUAAGCACACUCUUAAAGGGAGUGCUCCUGAUCUCAGCUUGUUACCUGUAUAAAAGACACCUGUCCACAGAAGCAAUCAAUCAAUCAGAUUCCAAACUCUCCACCAUGGCCAAGACCAAAAAGCUCUCCAAGGAUGUCAGGGACAAGAUUGUAGACCUACACAAGGCUUUGAAUGGGCUACAAGACCAUCGCCAAGCAGCUUGGUGAGAAGGUGACAACAGUUGGUGCGAUUAUUCGCAAAUGGAAGAAACACAAAAUAACUGUCAAUCUCCCUCUGCCUGGGGCUCCAUGCAAGAUCUCACCUCGUGGAGUUGCAAUGAUCAUUAGAACGGUGAGGAAUCAGCCCAGAACUACACGGGAGGAUCUUGUCAAUGAUCUCAAGGCAGCUGGGACCAUAGUCACCAAGAAAACAAUUGGUAACACACUACGCUGUGAAGGACUGAAAUCCUGCAGCGCCCGCAAGGUCCCCCUGCUCAAGAAAGCACAUAUACAGGCCCGUCUGAAGUUUGCCAAUGAACAUCUGAAUGAUUCAGAGGAGAACUGGGUGAAUUUUUUGUGGUCAGAUGAGACCUAAAUCGAGCUCUUUGGCAUCAACUCAACUCGCCGGAAUGCUGCCCAUGACCCCAAGAACACCAUCCCCACCGUCAAACAUGGAGGUGGAAACAUUAUGCUUUGGGGCUGUUUUUCUGCUAAGGGGCCAAAUCUUGGGUGAGAACCUCCUUCCCUCAGCCAGGGCAUUGAAAAUGGGUCGUGGAUGGGUAUUCCAACAUGACAAUGACCCAAAACACAUGGCCAAGGCAACAAAGGAGUGGCUCAAGAAGAGCAUUAAGGUCCUGGAGUGGCCUAGCCAGUCUCCAGACCUUAAUCCCAUAGAAAAUCUGUGGAGGGAGCUGAAGAUUUGAGUUGCCAAACGUCAGCCUCGAAACCUUAAUGACUUGGAGAAGAUCUGCAAAGAGGAGCGGGACAAAAUCCCUCCUGAGAUGUGUGCAAACCUGGUGGCGAACUACAAGAAACGUCUGACCUCUGUGAUUGGCAACAAGGGUUUUGCCACCAAGUACUAAGUCAUGUUUUGCAGAGGGGUCAAAUACUUAUUUCCCUCAUUAAAAUGCAAAUCAAGUCAUAACAUUUUUGACAUGCGUUUUUCUGGAUUUUUUCGUUGUUAUUCUGUCUCUCACUGUUCAAAUAAACCUACCAUUAAAAUGAUAGACUGAUCAUGUCUUUGUCAGUGGGCCAACUUACAAAAUCAGCAGGGGAUCAAAUACUUUUUUCCCUCACUGUAUGUAGUACAUCUGUAGAAUAUGUAGGAUAGAAUAGUAUAUGUACAGCAAUAGUUAAAUAGGAUAGGCCUUGACUAGAAUACAGUGCAUUAUAGAUAUAUUAUAUAUAUACAGUGCAUUAUAGAUACAUUAUAUAUAUACAGUGCAUUAUAGAUACAUUAUAUAUAUACAGUGCAUUAUAGAUACAUUAUAUAUAUACAGUGCAUUAUAGAUACAUUAUAUAUAUACAGUGCAUUAUAGAUACAUUAUAUAUAUACAGUGCAAUAUAGAUACAUUAUAUAUAUAGACCCCUAUUUAUUUUUUAGCAUUUUGUGAAACAAGUUAUUUUGGACUGACCACAACACUUUCACCCAGUUCUCCUCUGAAUCAUUCAGAUGUUCAUUGGCAAACUUCAGACGGGCCUGUAUAUGUGCUUUCCUGAGCAGGGGGACCUUGCGGGUGCUGCAGGAUUUCAGUCCUUCACGGCGUAGUGUGUUACCAAUUGUUUUCUUGGUGACUAUGGUCCCAGCUGCCUUGAGAUCAUUGACAAGAUCCUCCCGUGUAGUUCUUGGCUGAUUCCUCACCGUUCUCAUGAUCAUUGCAACUCCACGAGGUGAGAUCUUGCAAGGAGCCCCAGGCCGAGGGAGAUUGACAGUUAUUUUGUGUUUCUUCCAUUUGCGAAUAAUCGCACCAACUGUUGUCACCUUCUCACCAAGCUGCUUGGCGAUGGUCUUGUAGCCCAUUCCAGCCUUGUGUAGGUCUACAAUCUUGUCCCUGACAUCUUUGGAGAGCUCUUUGGUCUUGGCCAUGGUGGAGAGUUUGGAAUCUGAUUGAUUGAUUGCUUCUGUGGACAGGUGUCUUUUAUACAGGUAACAAGCUGAGAUUAGGAGCACUCCCUUUAAGAGUGUGCUCCUAAUCUCAGCUCGUUAUCUGUAUAAAAGACACCUGGGAGCCAGAAAUCUUUCUGAUUGAGAGGAGGUCAAAUACUUAUUUCCCUCAUUGAAAUGCAAAUCAAUUUAUAACAUUUUUGACAUGCCAUUUUCUUGAUUUUUUUGUUGUUAUUCUGUCUCUCACUGUUGAAAUAAACCUACCAUUAAAAUGAUAGACUGAUCAUGUCUUUGUCAGUGGGCAAACGUACAAAAUCAGCAGGGGAUCAAAUACUUUUUUCCCUCACUGUAGAUAGUUUGAGUUUAUGUAUUGAUAUGUAGGCUACGUGUGCCUUUUGUCAUUUUAUAUUUAUUUAUAUCGUUUUGUCCAUGAGCUGUUGUCUAUUAAUGUUCUGUAUUAUGUCAUGUUUCAUGUUUUGUGUGGACCCCAGGAAGAGUAGCUGCUGCUUUUGCAACAGCUAAUGGGGAUCCUAAUAAAAUACAAAAUACCACUCCUCAGUAAAAGGCACAUGACAGCCCACUUGGAGUUUGCCAAAAAGGACUCUCAGACCAUGAGAAACAAGAUUCUCUGGUCUGAUGAAACCAAGAUUGAACUCUGGCCUGAAUGGCAAGUGUCACGUCUGGAGGAAACCUGGCACCAUCCCUACGGUGAAGCAUGGUGGUGGCAGCAUCAUACUGUGCUAAUGUGCAUCUAUAGGUACAGUGCGGCCAUAUUUAAAUGCAGUAACAAUAUUUUCUCAAAACCAUUAAAAACUGAUGUAAUUUAAUUUUUUUACAUUUUAGUCAUUUAGCAGAUGCUCUUAUCCAGAACGACUUACAGUUAGUGAGUGCAUACAUUUUUCAUUAUGAGUCUUAAUAUAAAAUCUGGAGUGAAUCUGAUGUAUGGUUCAUGAAGAAAAGAUGAUUACCAAAUUCAGUGUGGUUCAUCUUAAGGACGUCCCUGAUAGCGAUGACAAGUUUCAAAUUGAUAGGCCACUGUGGAGUGGAUUUACAGUGGUUUAAAUGGACAUGUAAAAGCCGUUUUUUGAUUUGUCACUAACUCAAGCCAUCUUUUGAGCAAUCCCUUAGUUUUUCUCAAACUUUGUUGAUUACAUUCCAAAUUUGGUGUAAUUUGGUCCUAUGGUUCAUGAUAAAAAAAAAAAAUUGUGCAUAUUUUAUGUGCUAAUAUUCAUCUACUGGUAUAGUGUGGCCGUCUUUGAAUGAGUCAACGUUAUUUUCUCAACCGGUAUUUUCUCCAAAGAUAACAUUUGUUGUGAAUCUGACUUUUAGUCCACGAGAAGAAGAUUUUGUAUUAUUAUUUUAAGCAUAAGAAUUAUAUAGUCAAAAAAGUGAAUUGUUUAAUGGGAUACUUCAGGAUUUUGGCAAUGAUGCCCUAUAUCUACUUCAGAUGAACUCAUGGAUACCAUUUGUAUGUCUCUGUGUCCAGUAUGAAGGAAGUUAGAAGUAGAUUUGCAAGGCAAUGCUAACUAGCAUUAGUGCAAUGACUGGAAGUCUAUGGGUAUAUGUUUAUAUUUUUUAUAUUUAUUUUCAUAUUUUAGUUUAUUUUAGCUCUUAUCCAGAGCGACUUCCAGGAGCAAUUAGGGUUAAUCGUCUUGCUUAAGGGCACAUCGACAGAUUUUUCACCUAGUCGGCUCGGGGAUUAGAACCAGCGACCUUUCAGUUACUAGCACAACACUCUUACCCACUAAGCUACCUGCCGCCCUGCGGUAUCUGCUAGCAUGUUAGCAGGUCUAUGGAUAUCUGUCAAACUGCACACAGAGACAGAACUCUUUCCACCCUUUGUGGAAAGGGUUCUAUAUGGAACCCAGGAUGGUUCUACCUGAAACCAAAAAGGGUUCUUCAAAGGGUUCUUCUAUUGGGACAUUCGAAUAACUCUUUCAGGUUCUAGACAGCACCUUUGUUUCCAAUAGUGUAUUCUUGAGUUAUUUGUCAAGAAAAAAAUAAAAAAAAUAAUACAGAGAAUAACAAUAAAGCUUCGCUAUCAACCCCUAAUAUUAAUCUGCAGACCGUUUUAAUUAGAAACUUUUCUUCAUUGAGGUGCGUUAAAAGGAGGGGAUUAUAUAACUGAAAUUUAGUCAACUGUGUGAUGGUGAGUAAUUUACAUUGGAAUGGAAAAUAUGCCUAUUUGAAAUGGUACACUUAUUUUGCUCACAGCCAUUUGCUUGUGCAAAAAUGUCGCCCUCAGAAUGAAACUCAUGUUCUCCUAUGGUUGUUCUAAUGUUCUCCUAACGACGUUCUACUGUGGUUCCACAGCCCAGAGGUCGGCCCACCAGCUUCCCACUGUAGAGCGCCAGGACGUGGAGCGCUGCUCGGUUCUAGGGGGACAGCAGAUGAUACUGACCGGACAGAACCUCACCUCUGAUUCCAAGGUGGUGUUCACAGAAAAGACACCUGGUGAGGACUUUACAAUCAAUCAAUCAAUCAAAUAUAUUUAUGAAGCCCUUUUUACGUCAACAGUUGUGCUUUACAGUAACCUUGCCUACACUCCUAAGAGCAAACAUAAAGGCAAAAGUAAUUGUAUCUAAUAAUGGCAUACUGUACACUACCUUUAGUAAUGUUUGGCUUCAUGGUAGUAAAUUAUAGAAAUGGGCUAAGCCUCUUGAGUCUUUUCUUCAUACAACAGUUAGUAUCCUUGGGUUGUGUGAGACGGAACGUAGCGUGAGGCAGCUUGAUGUACAAGUACACUCCCUGGACAGGACGCUAUAGUCUAUCGCAGGGCCUUACCACCAACUACGGUUGAAUGCCGGGAAACGGGUUACCGAGAUUUCCCGCCCAAACCCACUCCCUUUUCCCGGGAUAAAUAACUGCGAGAAAACAGUAAAUUAUAAUAAAUUAUUUAUAUGAACAGCAUGACGUGAAAUGGAACUGUUAAGUUAUAUGAGAUGUCUAAAUCGGGCUUCUCUAGGGCUUCGCUCUGCUAUCUGCAUGAUCAAUCAUCAACGCUCAGGGUGUGGACAGACAGCGCAUCUCAGUACGGAGAGCAGUUCACAAAGCAUGUAUCAUCUCAUCAUGAUAACUUUUUUUCUUGUGACAGGAAGGCCUACAUUUGCUGCAGCAUAGUCUAUGCUACAGUAAUAUAAAGUCCGAAUUAGCGUCUAAUGUACCCAUCUCCAUCUGGCUUUCAGGGGCCACCUUAUUUUGUAGUUGACUUUUUUACAGUUGACUGUGGUAUUUUGGACACAGUAAUUGCAGAAUAACUGCGGUGUUAUACUGCACGCUAACUGCAGUUACACUGAAAAAUUACUGCAGUGAAAAAAACAGUGUUAUUUUGGACGCAGUAUUUGCAACAUACUGCAGUUAUACUGCACUCUAACUGCAGUUAUACCACAGUGUACUGCAGUUAUACUACAGUGUACUGCAGUUAUACUGCACUCUGACUGCAGUUAUACUACAGUGUACUGCAGUUAUACUGCACUCUGACUGCAAUCUUUGUUUGUAAGGGGAUAAUCCAUUUCAUAUAGAUGUCCUAGAGUACCCCUUUCAGGUAAUACAUUCAAUGCAGUAUUAGCCAUUUAUCUAAUGAAUGAUGGGUUAUUCAUAAGUGUAUAGCCUCUGUCUCUUGUGCAAUAUGCACCUGUGCACUGCUGGCCUUAAAAAACGGUCCUUAGCUCUUAGAGUCCCACGAAAAGCUAGACUAGAAUGUAUUAUUAUUAUUAAUUUUUUCUAGCUUGCUGGAAUUUUUUUGUGUGCAUUUCUUAUAGCCCACUAGACUAUUCGAAAAGGGAUGCAAGCCUUUGUUUGCUGAAAGUUAAAUACAGCAGCCAAUAGAACUUACCCGGAGAAGAGAGAAUGCGUGAUGACGGUAGGCUAUACAUUUACAUUUACGUCAUUUAGCAGACGCUCUUAUCCAGAGCGACUUACAAAUUGGUGCAUUCACCUUAUAGCCAGUGGGGUAGAAGGAUUACUUUAUCCUAUCCCAGGUAUUCCUUAAAGAGGUGGGGUUUCAAAUGUCUCCGGAAGGUGGUGAGUGACUCCGCUGUUCUGGCGUCGUGAGGGAGCUUGUUCCACCAUUGGGGUGCCAGAGCAGCGAACAGUUUUGACUGGGCUGAGCGGGAUCUGUGCUUCCGCAGAGGUAGGGGAGCCAGCAGGCCAGAGGUGGAUGAACGCAAUGCCCUCGUUUGGGUGUAGGGACUGAUCAGAGCCUGAAGGUACGGAGGUGCCGUUCCCCUCACAGCUCCGUAGGCAAGCACCAUGGUCUUGUAGCAGAUGCGAGCUUUAACUGGAAGCCAGUGGAGUGUGCGGAGGAGCGGGGUGAUGUGAGAGAACUUGGGAAGGUUGAACACCAGACGGGCUGCGGCAUUCUGGAUGAGUUGUAGGGGUUUAAUGGCACAGGCAGGGAGCCCAGCCAACAGCGAGUUGCAGUAAUCCAGACGGGAGAUGACAAGUGCCUGGAUUAGGACCUGUGCCGCUUCCUGUUUAAGGCAGGGUCGUACUCUCCGAAUGUUGUAGAGCAUGAACCUACAGGAUCGGGUCACCACCUUGAUGUUAGCGGAGAACGACAGGGUGUUGUCCAGGGUCACGCCAAGGCUCUUCGCACUCUGGGAGGAGGACACAACGGAGUUGUCAACCGUGAUGGCGAGAUCAUGGAACGGGCAGUCCUUCCCCGGGAGGAAGAGCAGCUCCGUCUUGCCAAGGUUCAGCUUGAGGUGGUGAUCCGUCAUCCACACUGAUAUGUCUGCCAGACAUGCAGAGAUGCGAUUUGCCACCAGGUUAUCAGAAGGGGGAAAGGAGAAGAUUAGUUGUGUGUCGUCUGCGUAGCAAUGAUAGGAGAGGCCAUGUGAGGAUAUGACAGAGCCAAGUGACUUGGUGUAUAGCGAGAAUAGGAGAGGGCCUAGAACUGAGCCCUGGGGGACACCAGUGGUGAGAGCACGUGGUGCGGAGACAGCUUAUCGCCACGCCACUUGGUAGGAGCGACCGGUCAGAUAGGACGCAAUGCAAGAGUGAGCCGCGCCGGAGAUGCCCAGCUCGGAGAGGGUGGAGAGGAGGAUCUGAUGGUUCACAGUAUCAAAGGCAGAGGAGGACAAGAGCAGAGGAGAGAUAGUUAGCUUUAGCAGUGCAGAGAGCCUCCGUGACACAGAGAAGAGCAGUCUCAGUUGAAUGACCAGUCUUGAAACCUGACUGGUUUGGAUCAAGAAGGUAAUUCUGAGAGAGAUAGCAAGAGAGUUGGCUAAAGACGGCACGCUCAAGAGUUUUGGAGAGAAAAGAAAGAAGGGAUACUGGUCUGUAGUUGUUGACAUCAGAGGGAUCGAGUGUUGGUUUUUUGAGAAGGGGUGCAACUCUCGCUCUCUUGAAGACGGAAGGGACGUAGCCAGCGGUCAAGGAUGAGUUGAUCAGCGAGGUGAGGUAAGGGAGAAGGUCACCGGAGAUGGUCUGGAGAAGAGAGGAGGGGAUAGGGUCAAGCGGGCAGGUUGUUGGGCGGCCGGCCGUCACAAGUCGCAAGAUUUUAUCUGGAGAGAGAGGGGAGAAGAAGUCAAAGCAUAGGGUAGGGCAGUGUGAGCAGGACCAGCAGUGUCAUUUGACUUAACAAACGAGGAUCGGAUGUCGUCAACCUUCUAUUCAAAAUGGUUGACGAAGUCAUCCACAGAGAGGGAGGAGGGGGGAGGGGGAGGAGGAUUCAGCAGGGAGGAGAAGGUGGCAAAGAGCUUCCUAGGGUUAGAGGCAGAUGCUUGGAAUUUAGAGUGGUAGAAAGUGGCCUUAGCAGCAGAAACAGAUGAAGAAAAUGUAGAGAGGAGGGAGUGAAAAGAUGCCAGGUCCGCAGGGAGUCUAGUUUUCCUCCAUUUCCGCUCAGCUGCCCGGAGCCCUGUUCUGUGAGCUCGCAAUGAGUCAUCAAGCCACGGAGCUGGAGGGGAGGACCGAGCCGGCCGGGAGGAUAGGGGACAUAGAGAGUCAAAGGAUGCAGAAAGGGAGGAGAGGAGGGUUGAGGAGGCAGAAUCAGGAGAUUGGAGGGAGAAGGAUUGAGCAGAGGGAAGAGAUGAUAGGAUGGAAGAGGAGAGAGUAGCGGGAGAGAGAGAGCGAAGGUUGCGACGGCACAUUACCAUCUGAGUAGGGGCAGAGUGAGUAGUGUUGGAGGAGAGCGAGAGAGGAAAGGAUACAAAGUAGUGGUCGGAGACAUGGAGGGGAGUUGCAGUGAGAUUAGUAGAAGAACAGCAUCUAGUAAAUAUGAGGUCAAGCGUAUUGCCUGCCUUGUGAGUAGGGGGGGACGGUGAGAGGGUGAGGUCAAAAGAGGAGAGGAGUGGAAAGAAGGAGGCAGAGAGAAAUGAGUCAAAGGUAGACAUAGGGAGGUUGAAGUCCCCCAGAACUGUGAGGGGUGAGCCAUCUUCAGGAAAGGAACUUAUCAAGGCGUCAAGCUCAUUGAUGAACUCUCCAAGGGAACCUAUAGCAGUUAUUUAUUCAGACCCGUCACCCGUAACCAUUCAAUCUUCAUGAAGAGAAGUGAAAGCCGUCUGCAUCUUAUUCUAGUCCUAAAUUAUUCAAACAUGUCUUUACAAUGAUGACGAUAAGGACAACUAAACUUAUUUCAUUUAACUGUUGAAAGCGAGGGAGGAAUGAAGCAACAAUAGAGAGAGAAAGAGGAGGUAGACUAAUAACAUUAGGGGAAAUAUUAUGAAAGGUAGCCUACAUAUGCAUCAGCCUUCUAAUUAUACAUUUUUUAAAUAGGCCCUAUUAUAUUUCCAAAUUAAAUCAAAUUUGCUAGCCUAUAAUUGUAACUUUGUAGGCCGCAUGUCCUGCACCAUCUUUGCAUGUUCUCUCCCAACAUAAUGGUUUGAACAAGCUACAUCUAUGGGCUUUUAUGUUUUUCUGUUGUAGCUUGUGCGGAAUGUGCGGUAGCCUAUAUAUUAUAUAGACCUAUUGGAUAGUGGCACAAUAAUUUGGGAUUUUUUGGGCUCUGGCUCAUAAAAUGUCUUUAAUGUAGGGCUCAUAAAACGUAUUUAAUGUAUGGCUCAUCAGGCUCAGGUAGCAUCAGGCUUGAAUUUUCAUGCCAAUCAAAGCUCUAAUAAAAUCCAUACAUAUUUAUAUGUUUUAGAAGUACACUUCCAGUUUUGGCGGGAAAUACAGGGUUACCUGGGAGAAAAGUGAUUUAUUCUCGGGAUGGAACAUUUGUAAAAUAUUCAACCCUACCCCAAAUCUAUCUCCUUAAUGCUGAGUGCCAAGUAGAGACGCACCGGGUCUGAUUUUUACAGUAUGACUAUAAAACUCCCAACCUUUCAAUCUCAGGGCGGACACUCAAACCUCAAGGCCACAGAGUUCCUACAGCUUUGAGAUGACAAUUGCCAGAACGUUCUUUCUCUCGCCAUUGUACUCUGUUGUGAUCCAGAAUUAAUGUACUGCAUGUUCUGAAACCAAUCUGCUCAGCUUUGACCUGCUUAGAUUUGAAUGGAUUACUGUUCUCAAUGGCUGGUUUCAAUGGACUCCAAGCUCUCAGUCAUCACCAUGGCUGUAUAAUGCAAAGAUUUAUUUCAGACCACCACUACUAGCCCAACAUGGAUAUGGUUAAUAGCAUCUAGUUUGUUUAUUUGUAUUCCCAUCUUGUUUGCAUAUUGCCAAGGCAACCGUUAGCACUGGAGCCAUAGUACAGGGCAGUGAUAUGUUUAGUUCAGUCAUAAUAACACCCUGACUGCAAUACAGGAAGGGAAACUAGAUCAUCGGUUUACAGUGAUGCACUACUCCCAACAGCUUGGAGUUGGAACAGUCACAAAACAGUUAUGCACUGCACAUGCUCAAAGAACACAAAUGAAUCAAAUAUGCCAUUUAGCAGACACCUUUUUGCCAGCGCUAUGCUCUUACUGAGCCACAUAGGACAAUACUUAUUUCAAUUAUUAAUUUUCCUCAUUGUAUCGUCAUUACAGGAUUAUGACGCCUCUGUGCGGUGUCUUCUAACAUAGAGGUGUUAGGUAACAAGGUCUGGGUCUUUUAACAUAGAGGUGUUAGGUAACAAGGUCUGGGUCUUUUAACAUAGAGGUGUUAGGUAACAAGGUAUGGGUCUUUUAACAUAGAGGUGUUAGGUAACAAGGUCUGGGUCUUCUAACAUAGAGGUGUUAGGUAACAAGGUCUGGGUCUUUUAACAUAGAGGUGUUAGGUAACAAGGUCUGGGUCUUCUAACAUAGAGGUGUUAGGUAACAAGGUAUGGGUAUUUUAACAUAGAGGUGUUAGGUAACAAGGUAUGGGUCUUUUAACAUAGAGGUGUUAGGUAACAAGGUAUGGGUCUUCUAACAUAGAGGUGUUAGGUAACAAGGUAUGGGUCUUCUAACAUAGAGGUGUUAGGUAACAAGGUCUGGGUCUUCUAACAUAGAGGUGUUAGGUAGCAAGGUAUGGGUCUUUUAACAUAGAGGUGUUAGGUAACAAGGUCUGGGUCUUUUAACAUAGAGGUGUUAGGUAACAAGGUAUGGGUCUUUUAACAUAGAGGUGUUAGGUAACAAGGUCUGGGUCUUCUAACAUAGAGGUGUUAGGUAACAAGGUAUGGGUGCAGAAUAUAGCCACAGUUAUGAGUUUGUAAACUGCUCUCUUGUUUAGCAUGUGGUUUAGUGCGAGAGGAUGUGGUUAGACAAACAUCGAUACCAUCUCCAAGCAGACAGACGUUUCUGUCUCACUUUACUCAAAACGUGGUCCGUAAGCAGGAGGUAAACGUUGAGAUGGGAAUAUACUAGAACAGAGAUUAAUGGCAAUCAUUACUGAUACUGCCUACGUACCAGUUACUGAGAAGAACAUGGGGGUGGAUAUGGGGUUUUCAUAUAAAUCAUCAUCACCAUUAUAGGUUUACAGAUGCUUUCUUAACAUCCUGAUUAUAAACACGACAAUUGUUUUUAUAAUUGCUAAGUUUGAUGCCACCAACACAGUACUGUGUCUGUUGGUGAGUGUUUGUGGGAUAUAAAAUGUUCUAUUUGACUGUAAAUACACCAGCUAGCUCGUUUUAGAUACCUAUAUUUAAAAUAAUAACUCAAUCUAAUAAAUUGUAUUUCUAGUUUCUAGCUGCUUUCACAUUCCUGCCUUCACACUCCUGUCUUCACACUCCUGCUUUCACCUUCCGCCUUCACAUUCUGCCUUUAAAAUCCCCCAUCCACCUUCCUGCCUUCACACUCCUGCCUUCACCUUCCUGCCUUCACCUUCCUGCCUUCACACUCCUGCCUUCACACUCCUGCCUUCACCUUCCUGCCUUCACAUUCCGCCUUCGCACUCCUGUCUUCACAUUCCGCCUUCACAUUCCUGCCUUCACCUUCCAGCCUUUACCUUCCUGCCUUCACACUCCUGCCUUCACCUUCCUGCCUUCACACUCCUGCCUUCACCUUCCUGCCUUCACACUCCUGCCUUCACCUUCCUGCCUUCACCUUCCUGCCUUCACACUCCUGCCUUCACACUCCUGCCUUCACCUUCCUGCCUUCACACUCCUGCCUUCACCUUCCUGCCUUCACCUUCCUGCCUUCACACUCCUGCCUUCACACUCCUGCCUUCACACUCCUGCCUUCACAUUCCGCCUUCGCACUCCUGCCUUCACAUUCCGCCUUCGCACUCCUGCCUUCACCUUCCUGCCUUCACAUUCCCAACUUCACCUUCCUGCCUUCACAUUCCUCUCUCUACUUAUUGUAUGGUUUGUUCAUAUCAAUCUCUUCUCCCCUCCUGAUAAAGGUACACUGCACUUGCAUUGUGUUUCUUUCAGAUGGGCUGCAAAUCUGGGAAGCGGAAGCUACAGUAGACCGAGACAAGAGCCAGAAAGUGAGUUGCCGUCCUAUCACCUUUACCAACAUUAAAAUACUGCUUGCGUCAUACAGUACUAGCUAACUCCUACACUGUAAAAAAUAGAAAGUCUCAAAACACCAUGACUGUGUAGUGAAACCAUGAAAAGUAGUGCACCUAAGCUGAGAUCUGGUGUUUGGAGGGUGUUUGAAUCUAAACCCAAUAUAAGAGUUAUGAUACACUGAAUGUGUUUUAAAGCUGUAAUAUGUCACUUUUUGGGCGACCCGACCAAAUUCACAUAGAAAUGUGAGUUAAAGAUCUAUCAUUGUCAUUGAACACAAGUCUAAGAAGCGGUAGAUCUGUUCUAUAUGUGCUAUUUUUAUGCUUCCCGUUCUUACGUUUUUGUACACCAGCUUCAAACAGCUGAAAAUACAAUAUUUUUGGUUAUUGAAAAUAUAUUUCACAGCGGUUUAGAUGUUACAAUGAUUAUCUACACUAUACAAUGCUUGUUUUGUCACAUAAACUGAAAUUAGGCAAACUAUUACAAUUUUAGCAACCAGGAAAUGGCGGAGCGAUUUCUGCAUAUUCCACCUUUAAAACAGAAAUGAGGUACUCUGAAGCACCCAGAGUGGUUCUUCAACCUGAAUAUUGGUGUUUGUAAGAGAGUGUUGUGAAAACACUCAAUGCAUGUAAAAGGCAGCAUCAAAACACCAACAACAACAAAAAUUAUCAUAAAAUCAAUGGUUUAGAAAUGCUAAUAGUUUAUAGCCUAAAUAUAAAUAUUUUUUGUGAAAUUCCACCUUUAUUUGUUCAACGCUUUUUUAGACAGAUUAGAAACAGGAGGGGCAGUAAGAUGGUACAUUUAGUUGGAACUUUACCCACUCAACAACACAGCCACACUGUAAGAAAUUAUUCUGGGGUGAAUUGAAAUAGACUCCAAAAAACAACCAACAUAUAGGCCUACUAAAAGAAAUGAAUGCAAGUCGUGCAGAGCCUGUGGUCUAGCAGUAACGCACCAGGCUUAGACUCGUCACCCGUUUCCACACCAAAGACAGGGGUUAAAUUCUCUGCUCCAACCCUUCAAUCUGUUUCUCCCACCAAUCUGUAUCCCCUCUGUCAUUUCAUAACUGUUUCAUUGAAGUGUCAGAAUACCCCAAAAUUAUAUAUUUUUUAAAUGUAUGCAAUUUGUUUCAAUGAUUUGUUAAUUUCAUUUUUACCAAAAUAAUGUAAGAAUAAAUCCAACUUAAUAUGUUGCUCAAUUUCUUUCAUGAGGAUAACCAAAGAGACUGAGAGAUAACAUUUUGUGAUUUAACUCUUUGGAAGUCUUUGGUUUUAAUCACCUUGCUUUUCCUAUCUUGCCACGUGACUCUGUUUUUAGAGGAUUGUGGGUAAUUCAACAUUUUUAGACUUUAUGAUUCUUUCAAACAAUGUUGUAUGCAUGUUUGAAGAAAAAAACAGUAUAUUUAUAUAUUGGGAUUAAGCUUGUUGCUCCAUGAGGUGUAAUGGAUCAUGAUGAACGGAUAUCAAAACCGUCAUACAAAUUGACGUUCAAUUCUUGCAGUUCAACCUCCAGCUAUUGCUGGUUGUUUGAACACUGUACUUGACAAUGCUGGCCAAAAUGGUAUAAAAUGGCAAAUGAUCAAAUACAUUGAAAACAAAAUUGCUUUAAGACACUUCAUAAAAAGGGAUCUAAUUCUGCCCUAAAUGGGAUUCAAAAUAUCAUAAUGGUGUUUAGAAGCUUCUAGAGAGAGAAAACAACACUAAAAGAGAAGGUAUCUGAUUCUGCAUGAAACAGGACUCGAAACACCAAAAUAGUGUUUUCAAUAUUUUCUGUUAGUGCUGCCAGUCCCUGGCAAGGUGUUGCACAACACUUGAUUUAGUGGUGUUACAACACACCAUGUAAUGGUUCAGAACAUCUCAGGAUAAUGUGUUUCAAUACUCCAGCAAAGUUAAGGUUUCGUCUCCUUCAAGUUGGUGGCAGCUCAGUUGCCACUAGUUUCGGUGUUACAAAGCACUUCAUUUUAACAGUACUUUUCCUUUUCAAUGUUCUUCUACACGAUGUCACACAGCCUCAUUAUAGAUAUGUCCACACCGUCGCCCAGUGAUACUCUCUAUGACAAAUGACGGAUUGACGUUCAUCUGCACCAUAUUAUGUUAUAUCUAGAGCAUGCUGUUUGUGGAGAUCCCUCCGUAUCGAGAUCCCACCAUUUAUCACGCGGCUAAAGUCAACUUCUAUGUGAUCAACGGGAGGAGGAAACGCAGUCAGGCGCAGCACUUCACCUACACGCCUUUAACGGGUGAGUCCAUCCACACCUUACAUUGCAGUAACUUCAUCACUAUCCCAUUGAUUACUAGUUAAAGGAAUAGUUCAGCCAAGUUACAUAUUGACAAUGUGUCAUUUUGAAAUGUGUGUGAACUAUCCCUUUAACUUGUUUUGAGCACCAACUGUUAUUUAAAACUCAAAUCAUCCGAAGUCUGAUUUAGAUUUGAUGUUCUUUUCAGUUCCUGCCAUUAAAACGGAACCCGUAGAUGACUUCCAGUUCAGCCAGCUGGACUGUGCUGUCUCCCAAAUCCUAGGAAUGUCACCCAAGACCUACCAGCACACCCCCAGUAGCCACCUCAACCCUAAUAGCCAAAUAGUGGCUGGCAUGACAUCCUUGGCAUCCUGCCAGCGUGCGAGCCACCACGACCCCACUGUCACAGUGUCAGCCUAUCAACCACAGGACCCAUCUGUCUAUUGCCCCAGUAAAAGCCGAAGCCUGGGUAGCAGCCCUGUCCUGUAUCAAGAUAUGAACCACCACCCAGUGAUGAUCCACAGUGGCUCCCCAUCUCAGAUGUCCUAUACCCAGCACUACUCCAGCCUAGUGUCCCAACCCUUCCACCCCUCUCACUCAGCCACCAAUCAGCGAGUUGUCAACGUAGCUGUCCCAGUGGCCCAACACCAGCAUGCCACCAUGGUGGGUGAUGGGUACCGGGCUGCAGCUUCAUUAUGGAAGGCUGGUGCCUCGCCAGAGGUCUGUUCCUCAGAAGGCCGGUACCAGGGCUUCAUGCACACGGUGAUGCCUGUCUCGGGCAGGUCUCCACCACGACACAGCCACAUCCUGACCCAGAGAGGUCCAGCCACUACGGGGAGCCAGAGUGGGCCAGUCCGUGGGAAGGUGACGGCCAAGCAAGAAAACCUGAACCAAGCCUAUCUGGAUGAUGGUGAGUUAAUACAAAACAUAUUGGAUACUGCAGAAACGUACUGUACCCCAUGCUCCUCUAACUUACUGUUAUAG